AUGCAUCAUACGCACUCUUCUAAUACCUACAUUCUCUUGUUUUGCCUCUUAACAUCUCUCUUCUCUGUCAUUAGAGCUACUUUUAACCUCACACUACCUCAUCAACACCCUAAUCCAGAAGAUGUGGUUCAAGAAGUACAAAGGAGACUAAAUGUGUCGAUUUACAGAAGAGAUAUGCUGGAUACCGGCGGCGGAUGUCUCACCGGAAAUCCAAUCGACGAUUGCUGGCGUUGCGACCCAAACUGGGCGAACAAACGCCAGCGUCUCGCUGACUGCGCCAUUGGGUUCGGAAAAGCAGCAUUAGGCGGCAAAGGCGGCCAGAUCUACGUUGUCACCGACUCCUCCGACCACGACGUCGUCAGCCCAACUCCGGGCACCCUCCGCUACGGCGUCUUACAAACCGAACCCCUCUGGAUCAUCUUCUCAUCCAACAUGGUCAUCAAGCUCAAACACGAACUCAUCGUCAACAGCUACAAAACCAUCGACGGCCGUGGUGCCAACGUGGCAAUCACCGGCGGCGGAUGUAUUACCCUCCAGUACGUCAGCAACGUCAUCAUCCACAAUAUACGCGUCUACGACUGUAAGCCAUCGGGAAACACCAACAUCCGAUCAAGUCCGACCCAUGUUGGAUUUAGGGGCAAAUCGGACGGUGACGGAAUAUCCAUCGCCGGAUCAAGAAACCUAUGGAUCGAUCAUUGCUCUCUUUCACACUGUACCGAUGGCUUAAUUGACGCUGUAUUGGGGUCCACCGCCAUUACCAUUUCAAACAGCUACUUCACUCAUCAUAAUGAAGUUAUGCUUAUGGGGCAUGACGAUGGUUACAUGCCUGACAAAGGGAUGCAGGUUACAUUUGCAUUUAAUCAUUUUGGGAGAGGUUUGAUACAGAGAAUGCCAAGGUGUAGACAUGGCUAUUUCCAUGUGGUCAACAACGAUUUCACUGAAUGGAAGAUGUACGCCAUCGGCGGCAGCGCCAACCCGACCAUCAAUAGUCAGGGCAACCGCUACAUUGCGCCGCCAGAGGCCGACGCCAAAGAGGUGACGAAGCGAGUGGACACGGAUGAGGGGAACUGGGCGGGAUGGAACUGGAGGACGGAUGGUGAUAUAAUGGUAAAUGGUGCAUUUUUUGUGCCCUCGGGUGAGGGCAUGAGCACCACGUAUGCGAACGCGGCCAGCUACGAGCCAAAGUCGGCCGCCCUCGUCACGCAACUGACGAUGAACGCCGGCGUCUUUGGGGGGCCCAGGGAUGAUGACGGGAGCGAGUCAUUCAGCGAUGGGACGGUUACCGGAGAUAGCGCAAGCGGGAACACCGGAAGAGGCGGUGGUGGUGGUGAUGAUGGCGAUUACUUUGGGAUGAUAUUUGGCGGGGGCUCGGUGGCAACAUCACCGCCUUCGACGAUCGUCAUUUUUGUUGUUUUAGUUUUAUACAUUAUUAGCACCACAAAUAAUGGUGGUGGUUUAUUUCCAUUAUUAUUAUUAUUAUUAUAGUGAUUAAUUU